UAGACCUCUCUCUUUUAAAUGGCAGUUGUGUGUUUUCGAAGAGUUUAAGCCCAUUUCGAUACAUCACGAGCACAUAGGCUAUAGCUUCCAGGCCUAUCUUGUCACUGCAACUAGACUUCCCCCAAGAAGAAAAAAUUAAACUCACUGAAUAGGUUUCGUAACCAUAGGUUUUGUCCCGAGGCAAUUCGCCUAUUUCGUUUAAAUGUCAAAUCACACGUUGGGUCUUGCAUAUGACAUAGUGGCACCAACCCUGGGCAUGGUGGUGCAAUACUUUGUAGGCUUACAAGAGAAAUAUUGUCUUCCGUGGACUACCAUAUCCGACGCUUGCAGCACACAUCAGCUCAGUCUCGUAGACUAUAUCCUUCAUAAUAGAGAUCUGCUGUAUACCCUUGUUUGCUCUUGGGGUUGGACCACCAGGACCGUCAGCAUCCUACACGAUCAAGCGUCUCAGAAAGAGGGUGCCCAACUCCUGGAUGGCUGAGUUCGAAGAAGUGAUGCAGCAGCAGCUGGAGACCUCACUGCACAGUGAGCUGGAGAACCUGCUGAGCACUGCCGAUGGUGCUGAGGCAGAGGUUUCCAAAAAGGACUUUGAGGGCUUCAAGAAACUAUUCCACAGAUUCCUCCAGGUGAAGGGACCUUCAGUGGAAUGGCCAAAGAUCCACAGGCCUCCAGAGGACUCGAUCCAGCCGUACGAUAAGAUCAAGGCCAGGGGACUCCCAGACAAUGUAGCCGACUGCCUGAACAAGCUGGUCGUGGUGAAGCUCAACGGAGGGCUGGGCACCAGCAUGGGGUGCAAGGGCCCCAAGAGCCUCAUCAGCGUCCGCAACGAGAACACCUUCCUGGACCUGACCGUGCAGCAGAUCGAGCAUCUGAAUAAGACCUAUAACACUGAAGUUCCCUUGGUCCUGAUGAACUCCUUUAACACAGAUGAGGACACCAAGAAAAUCCUGCAGAAGUACACACACCACCGGGUGAAAAUACACACCUUUAACCAAAGCAGGUAUCCACGGAUUAACAAAGAGUCCCUUCUGCCCGUAGCGAAGGACAUGGCCAUUACGGGCGAGAACGCGGACGUGUGGUACCCGCCGGGCCACGGCGACAUCUACGCCAGCUUCUACAACUCGGGCCUGCUGGACCAGCUGAUCGCAGAUGGCAAGGAGUACAUCUUCGUGUCCAACAUCGACAACCUGGGCGCCACCGUGGACCUGGCCAUCCUCGGCCACCUGAUGAGCCAGCCCAACGGCAAGCGCUGCGAGUUCGUCAUGGAGGUCACCGACAAAACCAGGGCCGACGUCAAGGGUGGCACGCUGAUCCAGUAUGAUGGGAAACUGAGGUUGCUGGAGAUCGCCCAGGUGCCCAAGGCCCACGUGGACGAGUUCAAGUCUGUCACCAAGUUCAAGAUCUUCAACACCAACAACCUGUGGAUCUCCCUGCCCGCCAUCAAGAGGCUGCAGGAGCAGAACGCCAUUAACAUGGAGAUCAUCGUCAACGCCAAGACGCUGGACGGCGGCCUGAACGUGAUCCAGCUGGAGACGGCGGUGGGAGCCGCCAUCAAGAGCUUCGACAACGCGCUGGGCAUCAACGUGCCGCGUAGCCGCUUCCUGCCGGUGAAGACGACCUCUGACCUUCUGCUGGUCAUGUCCAACCUGUACAGCCUCGACGCCGGCUCGCUCACCAUGAGCCAGAAGCGCCAGUUCCCCACCACGCCGCACGUCAAGCUGGGCAGCUCCUUCACCAAGGUGCAGGAGUUCCUGACGAGGUUCGAGAGCAUCCCUGACAUGCUGGAGCUGGACCACCUGACGGUGUCUGGAGAUGUCACGUGCGGCAAACACGUCUCGCUCAAAGGAACCGUCAUCAUCAUUGCCAAUCACGGAGACAGGAUCGACAUUCCGGCCGGAUCGUUGCUGGAGAACAAGAUUGUGUCAGGAAAUCUGCGCAUCCUGGACCACUAAGGCCUUGUAGUAACUUUAAGGAACCACACAGAACCCUCCACAGCCCAGACUCUCUGAUAUGUCUUUCACAACAGGAGAGACUGGUGCCACAAACGCAACAUGCAUUUCAUGAAAGAGAGAGAUUUUAUGUAUUAGUUUUGGUGUUUUUUUUCUUUACUUUCUUUUAUGUAUAUCAGACCUUCAGGUUUGUGUAACAUUCCCAGCCAUAGGUUACAUCACAACACCUCAGCUUUUUUCACAAAGAGACACAGAAAAAAAGCCUCCGUCGUAGUACUAUCACAAGAUGUUUUUAAUGUUUCUUUUUUUAUUUUGUUUAUUUUACUGUUUUUUUUUACAAAACAAACAACAAACUUGACUUGUGAAAUGUGAAUGUUGUCUGCAGAGGAGGGAGCCUGCAAGCAAUAAGUGUUUCUUUGGCAACGGCGUCAUUUAGAGCCGAGUGUGAUUGAGCCUCGUCAGGACACCGGCGCUGUCCUUGGAACAAAAUAAAAAGUGCAAUAUGGAUCUCA